AUGAUGAACCUUCCACCCGCAGCUGUGAACUCCUGCGACGAGUUCGGCUAUGGGGCUCCCAACCCGCCGCCGCCGUCGCUUUUUCCGAUCAUGGACCACCAGGAGGGGGGCGGCGGCAUCCAUAGGGAGCACGACCACCACCACCACCACCACCUCGGUGGUUACAGCCUCGAGCCCAGCUCGCUGGCGCUCCUCCCCCCGUCCAGCCACGCCACCAUCGCCGCCCACAGCCCCCACGACAUCCUCCAGUUCUACCACCACCCCACCUCGCACCAUUACCUCGCCGCCGCCGCGGCAGGAGGCAACGGCAGCCCCUACGGCCAAUUCGGCGGGGGCGGCACCGCCGGCGGCUUCCAGUCGUACUACCACCAGCAGGCGGGGACGGGCGCGCCCGAGUACUACUUCCCCACCCUGGUCAGUUCGGCGGAGGAGAACAUGGCGAGCUUCGCGGCCACGCAGCUGGGGCUCAACCUCGGCUACCGGACCUACUUCCCUCCCAGAGGCGGCUACACCUACGGCCACCACCCGCCCCGGUGCCAGGCCGAGGGCUGCAAGGCAGACCUCUCCGGCGCCAAGCGCUACCACCGCCGCCACAAGGUCUGCGAGCACCACUCCAAGGCUCCCGUCGUCGUCACCGCCGGCGGCCUCCACCAGAGGUUCUGCCAGCAGUGCAGCAGAUUCCAUCUGCUUGAUGAGUUCGACGACGCGAAGAAGAGCUGCAGGAAACGCCUCGCCGACCACAACCGCCGUCGAAGGAAGUCAAAGCCGUCCGAGGGUGAUGCCGCCGACAAGAGAAGGGCACAGGCCAGCAAAGCAGCAAGUGCCAAAGGCAAAGCAGCCGGAAGCAGCAGCAAAAGCACCGGGACCGGAGACGCGAUGGACAUACAAGUGCAGCUGGGGAGUGGAGACUUGUCUAAAGAUCAGGACGAAACCAUGGGCCACGGAGAGGCGGUGAAAGAAAUGCAGGUGGAUCCCAAGGGGAAAGCAUCAAUGAUGCAGCAGCAGCAGCAGCAGCAGGGACACCAUGGCCAUGGUCUUCACCUGCAAAGCCAACAUGGCUUCCCUUUCCCUUCGUCCUCUGCAGGCUCGUGCUUCCCUCAGAGCCAAGCUGUCUCGAGCACUGACAACACGUCAAAUAUCGGCCAUGUGCAGCAAGAACAGCCAGCCUUGGGAUUCCAUCAGCACAGCAACAUCCUUCAGCUCGGGCAGGCCAUGUUUGAUCUCGACUUCGAUCACUAG